AUGCCUCUGCCAACGAUAAGAAUGGAAAGAAAACGCCCAUCAAAAGAAUACCGUCCGCGAGUAAAAAAGAAAGCUCCAAACGCCAAGAAACCCAGUGAAAUUACAUUUUUCAAGAGUAUUUAUUACAUUGUAAGGUUUUCUUGGCCCAAAGAGGACGAAAAAGAUGAAACCGCCUUUAUUGAAAGUAGUCCUGUCUAUUUACCUGAUCCUGAUCCAAAAACAAACUCGAGGAUUGUGUCCAUUGAUUUUAAGGAUACCUUUGAAUUUCAUAUUUCUGAAAAAUCUCUUGGAGUGAAGCAUCAUAUUGAGAAACCCAUAAGCUUUUACGUAUAUCGAAUUGUUGCCAAUAUUCAAGAUGACGAUGAUUCCAACAAGAUUGAGUUAUCGAGAGAUUUGCUUGGAAUUUUAUUUGCAAAUUUCAACAUCUUAUGGGAAAGAGGGUUUACACUACCUGUUCCAAUACCUGAAGAUGAUGACUCUGCCAAGUCAGGAGACGAGCUCAAAGCACUCAUGAAAAACUCAUUAGAAGAACGUCAUAACCUUCAAAACGAUAUCAGUACAUCAUCUUUGUCAAACCUAACGAUGGGAGUCUCAAUCACACAACCUAAUGAGAUUUGGGAGAGUUAUGAAAAAGACUGGAAAGAUCCAAAGAAGAGAAAACAAGCUGCUAAAACUGCCAACAACAAGAAACCACCCUCGAGAAAGUAA